ACAAAUUUCAUAAAACUAGUCUUUCUAUCAUCCAAAAACCAUGUUGCCUCUUAUAAUUGCUCCCAUUAGAAUUAUAUUUUCAACAAUUGUGCAACAUUGCAUCCAUAAAGAUUUUCACGAAGCAGUGGCUAAAAUGUCCAUCAUUGAUGCUUUUCUCUUCUUGCUGAUACACUCCAUUGACAAGUUGGGAAUAUGGCAUCGUUUGCCUGUGUUCUUGGGACUACUUUACUUGGCUUCUAGGAGACAUCUUCACCAACAAUACAAUCUCUUCAAUGUUGGUCAAACACCUGUAGGAAUUAGGUCCAAUCCUUAUGACUAUCCCUAUAGAACUGCUGAUGGAAAAUUUAAUGACCCUUUUGAUGAUAAUGCUGGAAGUGAAGGUUCUUUCAUUGGAAGAAACAUUCUUCCUGUGGAUCAGAAGGACAAGCUGUUGAAGCCAGAUCCAAUGGUGGUAGUGACAAAACUUCUGGCAAGAAAAACAUUCAAAGACACCGGAAAACAAUUCAAUGUGUUGGCUGCAGCUUGGAUUCAGUUUAUGAUACAUGAUUGGAUUGAUCAUUUGGAAGACACUCAACAGAUUGAACUCACUGCGCCACGGGAGGUUGCAAACCAAUGUCCAUUAAAAUCUUUCAAGUUCUUGAAAACAAAGGAAAUUCCAACUGGAUUCUAUGAUAUUAAAACUGGACAUGCAAACAUACGCACACCUUGGUGGGAUGCAAGUGUGGUAUAUGGAAGCAAUGAGAAAGUUUUGAGCCAAGUGAGGACUUCAAUAGAUGGGAAGUUGAAAAUAUCAAAGGGAGGUCAGCUAGAACACGAAAAUGGAAUUGCGAUAUCCGGUGAUGUUCGCAAUAGUUGGGCUGGUGUUUCAGUUCUGCAAACCCUUUUUAUUCAAGAACACAAUGCUGUUUGUGAUGCUCUCAAGAAGGAAUAUCCACUCUUGAAAGAUGAAGAACUUUAUCGCCAUGCUAGAUUGGUGACUUCGGCUGUGAUUGCAAAGAUUCACACCAUAGAUUGGACUGUCGAGCUUCUUAAAACUGACACUUUACUUGCAGGCAUGCGAGGAAAUUGGUAUGGACUAUUGGGAAAGACAUUCAAGGACACAUUUGGACAUGUUGGAGAUGGCAUAUUGGGUGGAUUGGUGGGCAUGAAAAAACCAGAUAAUCAUGGUGUUCCAUACUCUUUAACUGAGGAAUUUACCACUGUCUAUAGAAUGCAUGCACUCUUACCUGAUACCCUCCAUUUGAGAAACAUACAUGUCCCUCCAGGAGAUAACAAAUCUCCACCAUUAAUCAAAGAGAUUCCUAUGAAAGAUCUGGUUGGACUACCAGGAGAAAAGGCCUUGUCACAGAUAGGAGUUGGACAGACAUUAGUAUCAAUGGGUCACCAAGCUUCUGGAGCUCUAGAGCCUCAGAACUAUCCAUCUUUUCUUAGAGAUCUCGUAUCACAAAACGUCGAUGGAACAGAAAGAUCGGAUCAUGUGGACUUAGCUGCUCUUGAAAUUUAUAGGGACAGAGAGAGGAAAGUUGCUAGAUAUAACCAAUUCAGGAGAUCAUUGUUGUUGAUACCUAUUUCAAAAUGGGAAGAUUUGACAGAUGAUAAGCAAAUAAUUAAAGCAUUGAAAGAGGUAUAUGGAGAUGAUGUUGAGCUGCUUGAUACACAAGUAGGUCUCAUGGCUGAGAAAAAGAUAAAGGGUUUUGCAAUUAGUGAGACAGCUUUUGUGAUAUUCCUUAUCAUGGCAUCUAGGAGGCUAGAAGCUGAUAGGUUUUACACAAGCAACUUCAAUGAAGAGACAUAUACCAAAAAGGGGUUUGAAUGGGUGAACACGACCGAGAGCUUAAAGGAUGUGAUUGAUCGUCAUUAUCCUGGAAUGACAGACAAGUGGUUGAACGCUUCAAGUACUUUCUCCGUUUGGGAUGCACCCCCGAACAAACCAAAUCCAAUUCCAAUUUACCUUCGUAUUCCUAACUAAAUGUUGGUAGCACUCACUCUCUUGAAGUGUUUUUCACUUUUAUUAUAGUACUUUGUAUUUCCAAGAAAUGGAUAUGAUUCCAUACUAGUUAUAAAUCUAGUUUCGGAUUUCCAAUAAGCUCUAUCUCAUUUGUAUUGUUACAUUGUACUGUUAAUGAGGUUUUGAGUAAUGUUGUUCCAUUUGAAUUCUCUUCUAUAA